AAAUGAAGCUCCGGAUCUUCAUCCUGCUGGCUCUUCUCAGCUCGGCUGCAGGUGUUGAAGGCUGCCACAGUGACAGGGAUAAUGACCACCGGCCGAGGGUCAACUGCAGCUCUGCAGGCUUCAGUGAUGUACCAGAUGGACUCGAACCCACAACCCAGGUUUUGCUGUUUCCCAGGAACCUGUUUUCCAGCCUAUCCUGGUCCUCCUUCCAGACCUUCAGUGAGCUCUAUGAGAUUGACCUGACUGGUAACAAGAUUCCAAGUGUCCCCGCUGGAGAGCGGCUGCCCAACCUCAGUGUGCUGCGUCUGGGAUGGAACCGACUGAGAUCCCUGGGUGACGAUUCCUUCGCAGCGAGUCCUUCUCUGACCCAGCUUGAGCUGAACAACAACGGCAUUCGGGCUCUGAGUGACGCCACCUUCUCUGGCCUCGGGAAGCUGGAGGUUCUGGACCUCUCUCACAAUGAGAUCGGGACUCUUCCUCCAGCUUUGCUCCAUCCUCUCACUGCUUUAGAGACGCUCUACCUGGAGUACAACAAGAUCCGGACAAUGCCUAACGGCUGGUUCGACAAGAAGCCGUAUAUUCUUUACCUGUUCCUCUCAGAAAAUCCCUGGCAUUGUGUCUGUCCUCUGAAAUAUUUCAGCAUUUAUCUGUUCGACAACGAAAACGUCUACGUGCGGCACGGUGCUACACACAAGCCUGACACAGACAGUGUGGCGUGCCAGACUCCUCAGCGGCUGAGGCAACGGCCUGUCAUGGAUCUGAAUGAGGGCGAACUGUGUCCUGUUGUGACAGAUCCUGCGGCCGAACCAGAACCAAGCACUGGCGCCGCCACUGCAGCUACUUCUGCAUUGACUACUGCGACACUCCCAACAGGAAUAUACACUUGGUCCCCUGAGACCACAUAUUUGGGAAAGUCUUCAGAUGAGCCGGUCACAACUGUAGGCAGAGAGUCAUCGGUGUCCUGGGCCGCUCUUCCAUCAACAACUGCGGGUCCGACCCACCCACAGUCUAAAGAAUCAGUGGUCAGUUAUGAAACAAAAGAGCCUCCUGCGUCCACCGCUCCCUGCGAGAUCCACCACCUUGCUGGUAGAACUGAUGGCUACAUGGCAGCUGCACGGAGCUUUUGCUUCUGGUUGUUUGCUGGAAGUCUGGUGCUCUGCCUCUUAUCAGCAGUGUGUGUGCUCAUGACCUUGGGUACCCUGGUGGCGUGGUACAGGAAGAGGUACAAACCUCUGAAAGCUUCUCUGAGAAGGACCAGGCAGAGGAAGGAUGCUGUGGAGCUGCAGCAGCACCAGAGAGCCAGCAGUGCCGGGGGAGUGACCGCACAUUAUCGCUCCAUGUUAUUCGUCUCCAGAGAGGCAGCAGACUCUUCUAAGGGGGCUGAGCUUUUGGACUCACCAAAGGCAGAGAACAGGGAAGCGUAUCAGACAACCACGUAUCACCCAUUUAGCAAACAAUAGCAGCAGCAAGGAUGGAAGGUGGAGAUAGAGGAGCGCAGGGUUACUGAGAGGGAUGAGAGGAGAGAGUGGAGGAGCCGCACACUUUACCUCAGGCAGAGAGAGAAGACAAGGGAGUUGGAGGGUGGAGAGUAGCAUCGAAGACACACACCAGCUACCCAGAAUGCCAUCGAGCUUGGCCACACCUCUUGAUAAUGAGGAAGUUGAAGUAAAAAACACAUGAUGAACACACAGACGAAUAUCACUUAUUAAUGUCAUUGAAAAGCAUUGGUUGUAUCACUAACAUUGACCUUCAGAGGCGUCAGUUUGCUCGCAGGUCACAUGUUUAUGCCUUGUUUUAAUGUUUCAUUCAUGACAAACACACUUUGUGGUCUGCGUACACCAUAAGCUUCAGGUCAUGGUGGGACGACUCUGGCUCAGCACUUACAACUUGCUUUCAAAGGCAACGUUUUGCUGACCGACGGCGGGGCCACUGGACGGCGAGGCUCCGCCCUCUGUCUCAUCAGCUGAGAUGUCAAAAACACACACCGAACUUGAGAUGAAUAAAAU